CUUCUACUCUCCUCAAUUCUUUGUUUCAGAAAGGACCACGCAAGAACAAGAAACUCAUCCAUGCGCCCUCCAUAACACCCACGAAACCACCCAAACCACACCAACCCCCCACAAUGGCACCACCACCACCAUCCCGACAACCACCCCCAAAACCCUCAUCCUCAUUCACAUCCACCUUCCAACCAACCCCCAAAAUGCGCGUCUCCCCCAAGCCAACCCAAUCUCCCAAUGUCACCCCCAAGCGCAACCCCCUCCUCACAACAUUUCGCACAUACUACACGACCCUCCGCACCUCCUACACGACCCUCCCCCUCCCCUUCCGCCGCACCCUCCGCACCCUCCGCAUCCUCGCCCCGCUCGUCCCAAUCGGCCUCUUCUUCUCCGAACACGUUAGCCAAAUAAUGUGGGUGCGGGGGCCGUCAAUGACACCCUACCUCAACGAAGACUACCACGCGACGCACUCGACCAGCGAUAUGGUUCUCGUCAACAUGUGGCCGUUUGGCGGCGGCGGGUGGCCGUGGCAGCGCAGCAGGAGGUUGGAGAGGGGGAUGGUUGUUACCUUCCGGUCCCCAGCAAACCCCUCCCACAUAGCCGUAAAGCGCAUAAUCGGGCUCCCCGGCGACCGCAUCACGACGCGUACGCCGUGUGUCAAACCCUCGCAGAUUGUGCCCUUCAACCAUGUGUGGCUGGAGGGUGACGCCGCGGAUCCGCGGCAUACGCUGGAUAGUAAUUCUUACGGGCCGGUUAGUAUUAGUUUGAUUACGGGGCGGGUGGCUGCUGUUGUGUGGCCUAGGUCGAGGUGGUUGAGGUGGG